AUGCCAAAGAGAUGUUAUAAAGAUGGAAAGGAUUACGCUGAGGGUGAGGCUUUUCAAGGAGGCCAUUGCGAUAUCGUUGUCAAAAAUUCGGAGUCUACGUUAUUGAGGAUGUGGGUGAUCCGGGUACUCGAAGAGAACCUCUUGUCACAAUGCUUUAAGGAAGGUAACUCGAUUUUCUUUCGGCAAACGGUUUGCGGGAUCAUUGGAAUGCCAGCUUGUGACAAGAUUACACCAGAUUCACCACUUCUUGGUGUCGCCGGUAUGCAGGAAGUUGGUUCGGUGGAGUCGAACGAUUUCCACUCAAGUUGGAUCCCCGUCAACGCUAGAGGAUGUGAGUUUUUAGGC